AUGGAUUCUUUAUCUUCAAAAUUAUCUCAAAUUCAGUCACAUUCAUAUACAGAUAUAAAAAUCAAAGAAUUAUUCAAAAUUAUAUCUCAAACAAAAUUUAAAAAUAAUGAAUUAUCAAGACAGAAAUUUCAAAUUGAUAAUAUAUCCAAUAUAAUUUCUAUAAAUGCUAAAAUUAUUAAAGAAUUCGAAAAAAUAAUAAUUGAAUUUAAGACAUUUAGAAACGAUAUUUCAAGAAUACAGAACUCAUUGAAUGAAAUAGAAAAAGAUGUCAAUACUAUUAACUCAAAGUCAAUACGUUUACUAGAGCAAAUAACCACUAUAUAUGAUAAAAAAGUAAUAGUUAAUACGAAGCAAAAUUUACUAGAAUCACUUAAUCACCAUUUUAUUGUAAAAGAAAAUGAUAUAAUAUUAUUAACAUCUAUUUUAAAACCUAUAGAUGAAAACUUUUUUCAAGUUUUCUUCAAAAUUAAACAAAUUUACAUAGAUUGUCAAAAAUUACUAAUAGAAGAACAUAAAAAACUUGGUAUUGAAAUUCUGGAAAAAAUAAGUAAAUGUUUAGAUAUGGCAUUUGAAAAAUUAUACUAUGUUAUACAACAAGAACUCAAAUCAACACAAUAUGAAUCCUAUGAAAUAAAAGAUAUUGUGAAAAAGGCACUAUAUAUAUUAUUUGAAAAGCACGAUUUAUUUAACAAAUGUCUAGAGACUAUAUCCGAGAAAAGACAAAUUCUUUUAUCAAAUAAUUUCCAAAGAGCUUUAGUACUUGGGAAUCCUUUAAUAUCUAUAUAUCCAAUUGAAAUGGUAGCGUAUGAUCCUUUACGGUAUAUUAGUGAUAUGUUAGCCUGGAUUCAUCAAGCUAUUGCAGAUGAAAAAGAAUUCUUUGAAAAUUUAUUUAAAAUUUAUAUAAAUUCAGAACCGAUUAAAAUUAUAGAUGAAAAUUUUCUCAAUUUUUGUUCUUUAAAAUAUGAAAAUAUUAAUAAAAUUAUUUUUGAAAUGGUAAACAAUAAUAUUCUUAACAUAUAUAGAAUUUUUGAGACAAAAGUUGAAUCAAUAGUUUUUAAAGUCGAAAACACUACAAUUUAUAAAAUUGCAAAUUUAAUACAAUUUUACAAAUCUACAUUACAGAAAAUUUUACAAGAUAAUUCCUAUUUAUUAAAAAUCCUUGAUACCACCAAAAAAAAUAUUAUAAACAUAUUUUCACAAAAUAUACAAGAAAAAAUAUAUUUUAUAAAAAAUAGUAACUUAUCAGCAGAUGUUCAACUAAAUCCACCGUCUUUUUUAAUAGAUGCUGUUUCAGAGUUUAAAAUAAUCAGUGAAUCCUUUAAAACUACUUAUGGUUCUUCAGAAUCUCUUGAAAAUGAAUUUGAAAUUAUUUUAGAAAUUGCGCUAAAUCCAUAUUGCGAAUUAUGCCAUGAUAUUUCCAAUAAGUUAAGUGAACCACACAAAUCAAUAUUUCUAAUAAAUUGCUGGAAAAUAUGUGAGGAAAAUAUUUCACAUUUCAAUUUUAUGAACUCUAAAUUACAAAAAUUUAAAAAUGAUAUUAAUAAUCUUUUAGAAAUUUUGGAAUUAAAUCAACUUGACUACUUUUUAAAUUCAUCCGGACUAAAUAACAUAAUUAAUAUUAUAGAAUCAAAAGAAAAAAAUUGUUUACAAGAAUCACUUAAUACGACAUUAAUUCAGGUAUCUAAAAACUUUAAUUUUUUUUUACCUUUUGCAAUUACAAAUGCACUUGAUAGAAUAAAAUAUUUAAAAAUAUUAGAUACUUUAGAAAUAACAAAUAAAGCAGCUAACAUAUUCGUAAAAAAAAUAUCAGAUUUAAUAGAAAUACUUCCUCAAAUUACAAAUGAUUAUCAAAUUUACUUUCAUUGGACACCAAAAGAAAUAAAAUUGUUACUAGGAUUAUAA